CUUUCCCUAAAACCACACCACAGCUUAAACGUUAAACAUGAAGCUUAUCCUGGUUUCCUGUCUUUUGGCUCUGGCGUAUGUGGCAGCUGACCAGACCCCCGUCAUCUUGUGUGGCAGGCAACUGGCUAAUGCUAGAGUACUCCUGUGCUAUGGAAAGGAAUACGUCAACAAGAGGACGAGAAUAACUUCAAUUGCAGAUUUCAUGCCUGGCGAAAAAAUGAAUGAAAUUGAUUGGCCGUGGAGCGGCCGUCGAGGAUCGUUGAGUGCCAACUGGUCACGAUACAAGAGAGACGGCCUGGUCGACGAGUGUUGCCUCAAACCGUGCACCACUGAUGUAAUCCUUAACUACUGCUAAACGAAAAUCAACCUUGAACCAAAGAUAGUCAGAAUGAAAUUACAAACUUUCUACCACAAGAAUGUUAUCGGAAAAUUGGCAGUAACCGGUAACACUGAGAGAAG